UUACAUUGCUAGAAGUCAUACGUCUAGGGCUGUCAUACUUGAAGAAUGAUCGGCGUCUCCGCCUGCUGGACUGGUCUGUCUUGAGAGUUGUCCAACCGGCUGUCUUGACAUGUACGGUAGUCACUGCGUUGACGAGCGCAUCUAUGUAAACAGGUUAAUACCAUACUGUUCGCUGAACUUUGAUUUCUCUUAUAAUUUUGUCUUGUGACGCGGCAAGUUAAAUUUGAAACUAAAUCCAUGUAGCUUUGUGAAAGCUAACUAUGUUAUGGUAGAUCGUGCCGCUAAUAGCUAGCGUCAACGCUACGGUUAACUGCUAACCCUCAUUGACAAAAGUGACAAGUCCAUUGACGACACCAUUCUUCCAAUGCAUUCGCAAAGAUACUCAGCAUGUUGCAGUGAGUGAUGCAAAGGCUGCUAUUAGGGAUGGCCAUCUGGGGGGCGCAAGCUUGCUCUGACUCACAGAGCUGUACGACUACAUUGCCACCCAAUGCCACCUCCAAAGAGUACUGCUACUCGGCCCGCAUUCGCAGCACAGUUCUGCAGGGCCUGCCCUUUGGUGGCGUACCAACCGUUCUCGCCCUUGACUUCAUGUGCUUUUUGGGCUUGCUGGUCGUGUUCUCCUUCCUUCGUAAAGUAGCGUGGGACUAUGGACGUCUCGCUCUCGUCACCGACGCUGACAGGAGAAUGGAUCAGCGUUACAGUCGUCUGGAUGAUCGGGAAUACGCGGCCGCCGCCUUGACAACAGAGACGCCGGAACGCUAUGAGCGCCUCACCUCAAUUUCCAGCUCGGUCGACAUAGAUCAGAGAGACACGGGCUUCUGCUCUUGGCUUACUGCCAUCUUCCGCAUCAAGGAUGAUGAAAUAAGGGAGAAGUGUGGCGAGGAUGCCGUACAUUAUUUGUCCUUCCAACGCCACAUUAUCGGCCUAUUGGUCGUGGUGGGUGUGCUAUCCGUUGGUAUCGUUUUGCCUGUAAACUUCUCAGGAAACCUACUUGAAAACAAUGCUUAUAAUUUUGGAAGAACUACGAUAGCAAAUCUAGAUGCAGAUAAUGCGCUUUUGUGGCUGCACACCAUCUUUGCUUUCCUUUACCUGUUACUGACGGUGUUCAGCAUGAGAAGACACACCUCCAAGAUGCAUUACGCAGAGGAUGACCUGGUCAAACGCACAUUAUUUGUCAACGGAAUCUCCAAAUAUGCCGAAGAAAGAGAAAUAAAGCAACAUUUUGAGCAGGCGUAUGAAAACUGUGCCGUGCUGGAAGCCCGCAUCUGUUACAAUGUGGCCAGACUGAUGUAUCUGAACUCCGAAAGGAAGAAGGCAGAGCGCAGCAAGAAAUUCUUCUUGGAUCUGCAGGCCAAAGAGCAUGUAAACACCAUGAUAAACCCAAAGCCAUGUGGACACCUUUGCUGUUGUAUCAUCAAAGGUUGUGAGCAGGAAGAGGCUGUCAGUUAUUAUACUAAGUUGGAGGCUCAAUUAAAAGAUGACGCCAGGAAGGAGAGAGAGAAGGUCAACAGGAAACCGUUAGGAAUGGCAUUUGUCACCUUUCAAAACGAAUCCAUAACUGCUAUAAUCUUGAAGGACUUCAAUGCUUGCAAAUGUCAGGGCUGCCACUGUCUAAGAGAGCCCCAGAGCUCGGCAUUCAGUGACAAACUCCAAACGCACAACUGGACUGUGAGCUAUGCCCCUGAUCCACAAAAUGUCUACUGGGAGCAUCUGUCAUUAGGAGGUUUCUCGUGGUGGAUCCGCUGCUUGAUCAUAAACUGUGUCCUCUUCCUUCUCCUAUUCUUCCUCACCACACCAGCCAUCAUUAUCUCAACCAUGGACAAGUUCAAUGUUACCAAACCAGUGGAAUACCUGAACAAUCCAAUUAUCACUCAGUUUUUCCCCACCCUCCUCCUGUGGUCCUUCUCCGCCUUACUUCCAACCAUUGUCUACUACUCUGCCUUUUUUGAAGCCCAUUGGACCCGGUCUGGCGAGAACAGAACUACUAUGCAUAAAUGCUACACUUUCCUAAUCUUCAUGGUGCUUCUACUGCCCUCCCUUGGUCUAAGCAGUUUGGAUGUUUUCUUCCGAUGGCUGUUUGACAAAAGAUUCUUGGCUGAUGCUAAAGUGAGAUUUGAGUGCGUGUUCCUUCCUGACAAUGGAGCCUUCUUUGUCAACUAUGUCAUUGCCUCUGCAUUUAUUGGAAAUGCCAUGGACUUGCUCAGGAUCCCUGGUCUGCUUAUGUACAUGAUCCGCCUCUGCCUCGCUCGAUCCGCAGCUGAGCGCAGAAACGUCAAGAGGCAUCAAGCUUACGAGUUCCAAUUUGGAGCAGCUUAUGCCUGGAUGAUGUGUGUCUUCACGGUGGUUAUGACCUACAGCAUCACCUGCCCAAUCAUUGUCCCCUUUGGGCUGAUGUACAUGCUGCUCAAGCACCUAGCAGACAGGUACAACAUGUAUUAUGCGUACCUGCCUUCAAAAUUGGACAAGAAGAUCCACUCGGGAGCUGUCAACCAAGUGGUGGCUGCUCCAAUUCUUUGUCUAUUUUGGCUUCUUUUCUUCUCCACGAUGCGCUCUGGGUUUUCGGCUGCAAUUUCCAUGUUCACGUUUAUUGUUUUGAUCAUCACAAUCAUUGUCUGCCUCUCACACGUCUGCUUUGGACAUUUUAAAUAUUUGAGCGCUCACAACUACAAGAUUGACACUCAAGAAUCUGAUGUGACUGAGAAUGGCCAUACACAAUGCACUACUGACUCCAACAAAGCUGCACAAAUGUACAUCGCUGAGGUUCUGCAAGAUCCAAACGCAGAGGAGGCUGGAUCGGGCAGUGGCGAGUCACAGGACGAGGAAAUAAUCAAUGUGGAAAAUGGCCUGAAUGAGGACUUCCAGUCGGGAGAAGACAGCCUCAUCGAUAAUGAAGUGCGACACUGAGAACAACAGAAAGUUCAAACUUUGAGAAGCGUGCACUGAAUAAACGAACUGGAAGUGAACCAACAAGUUCACCAAAGUAUCUCAACUUGAUGGAGGGACGUAAAACUAAUGGAUGUGUGUUGUCUACUAAUGAAUAUGUGGAUUCUAGCUCAAGGAUUCUCACAUAGACUGGGACUACUUGCACAAGCAAUGCACAAACAGCAAAGCCCAUCAGAUCCACCUGCAUAGCGCAUGGACCCAGAAAAUACGCACAGGUAGACAUGACCACUAUGGCCCCGUCUUGAAGGGUAUGAUGUUCUCCCCUUGUCCUUAACAUCGUUGAGAACUCCAAUUGUUUUGGCAUGUCUUCAACAAGUGGAGAUUUUUUCCAUAACCUUCUGCUAGUAUCCCAAAAUGUCCCCACUUGAUGCUUCAUAUGAAUUGCGGCUUUCAAGCGAGGUGCAGAGGUUUCUUCAAUGCUCAUGCAAUCCCAUAGAAGCCUUCAAGAAAAGAGCAGGAUUUUCUUUUAGCACAUAACCUCCUUGGACAUUGAUUAGAAUACUUAGAUAUUUUUCCUCGACAUUUCCCUUCCCACUGUGGAAGACGAGCGGUGUCUUAGCACACUACAUUGAUUAAAGUGAUGCAGCCAGUUGGUCUGCUGACCCUGCUACAAGAAGACUUUGAGUUGAAUAGGACGUGUUGAUGCGUUAGUCUCUUAAUGAUACUCAGUUGACAGCCGUUUUCUUUUUUUAUCUUUUUUUUUUGCCAAUAGGUUUACAUAUUCACGCACAGAUACUGACAUUUGCGUUCAUUUUACGGUAAAAACUGGAUUAAGACUAGUUAGUCUCUGUCUUGUCCUUGUUAAAUUUUGUCGAGGCACUUAAUUAUGUAGCUCCUGUGAGGUGUAUUAUAAGUUGUUUGCAGUCAUGUUACAGCCACCCAUAGCUGAUUUGUAAAUUAUUUUAAUGAAAUUGUAUAAUGUCUGUGAUAAAACGUUAAACAAAUCAGAAGAAAACUCAACGGCCACAAUUGCGGGUAAGAUGCAUUCAGCAUCUGAAUAGUUCAAGCUCAACCAAGUCAUAUUUGUCAAUGUGAUAUGUAGCACACACACCCAACUGUGGCCUUACUCUGCAUCAAACUUCUCAUUUUUAUAAGCUUAUUGAGCAGGUCUGGCUGCAAGAUAUAAUUUAUGAACCAUUACAGAUAUCCUAAAUACACAAACCACAUGCUCAAAUUGUAUGGUAAUCACUUUUUCAGUUGUUGAAUUUCCUCCACCCCCCAAUUAUUAUUCCCUUUAGGAAGGAGCCCCCUGAAAGAAAAAUGGUUCCUCACAACUGAUCAUGUUAAUUGUUCAGACCCACUCCGUUGCAUUCCCAUUUUUUUUUUUUAAAUAAAACAGCUGCUAAGAUCAAAGAUAACUCCCAUAAGAUCUGAUCACCGCACCACAAAAUUGACCAUGACCUGUUAGAAUGUGUCAAUUAUUUUGGUACUAAAAAAGAAUUGCAAUGUACGAGUGGCAUUCUCCUCUGAUUGUAAGUGGACUGUUCCAUACCUCUACGUGUAUACCUCUAAUAUGUCUUGCGAUUUCUCAACAGGUUCCGGAGGGAUACUCUAAUCACACUAUCUCUUUAACCUUGAAUGUAGUUUGACACCCGCAAUUUUUGAUCAGAUGCAAAUAGUGCUAGCUAAUGGUGAUCAGCUUUGGUUCACUGGACCACCAUACAUGUGCUAUUUUGUAUUAUAACUGAACUAGCAAGUGUAGUGUCGCUGCAAGGAAAACAUUUACGUGUCAGACUGUUGGCCUUAGUGAUGUCUUAUAAUUUAAACAUAUUCUGUAUGAACUCAGACAUUGUGAAUCAUGUUUUCAUUCAUCUAUGCCUCUGUACACUCACUGGAAAUAAAACAAUAGUUUUUGUUAACAGAAAAACACUCAGAUAGGAGAUGUCAACUUGUUCCAAUUCUGGAAUGUUUAGUAAAAUGCUUCAUCCCUAAA